CAACAAUUUGUAAUUGAAUCCCAUAUGGAGUUCUUCAAUUGGUGGUGGUUGAACUUUGCUCCUUUUGAUUUAGAUUCAUAAGUUUAGAGGUUCUUCUUCUUCUUCUUCUUCUUCUAUUUGCCUUAUUUGAAGCUACAAUUUCCUUUUCUUUUUAAGCUUUUUUGGCUUCAUUCCAGAACUCUACCUGCCAUUUCUUCUGAACCAAGCUUCCUUAUUUUGUUUUUGUUUCUUUUUUACUUGGGGAGCAUUAGCUGAAAAACAUGAACCACAAGGAAUACAAAACAUCCUGAAAGCUGACAAAAGUUGAUUCCCAAAUUUCAUGUGUCUAAUUCUCUGUUGUUUCUUGUCUCCUAUCUCUUCUGUCUGAUAUUUCUUUCUGGACUUAUUUAGUAUUUUGGUUGGCUGUGUUUUGUUCAAUGAAGAAAUCUGAUUCACUCGAUUAUGAGAUGGAGAAUACUGGUUUUGAUGAUUUUGAUAUUGGCCUGAACUUUUCCAUGUUCUUGGAAGAAGCAAAACAUCAUGCAACACGACAACAUUUGAAGGCAGCCUCCAUAGAAGAGGAAACAGGAAGGAAACGGUUGGCACAAGAGAAAAAGAACAAGAAAUCAUGGAAAAACACACUCUUCUCAUGGUUGAAAAGUGACAAAAAGAGCAAAUCUCUACCUAAACCAGAGAAAAAUCCUCACACACCUAAUAAAAGACGUGUUUAUGUUUCUGGUCCAAUGUAUAGCGAAGCUACGACCACCAAUGGCAGACCUCGACGUCGUCCGAUGUCUGGACCGAUUGCUAGUCUCUUCAAUCCUAGUAUGAGAACAGAGACGGAGAUCCCAUAUAUGUGUCUCCAACAGCUUAGUGCCCCUAAUAGCAAUCACAAUUAUGGACCAAUUUAUCUUGUUACAUAGGCUUACGUUGUUCUCAUUUCAUCUUUGUCUUACAUUUCUAUGUUGGUUUGUUUUGUGUGUCUGAAGGUUUUGAAAGCUUAUUAAAUGUUAUGGUUAUUAUGUUGUCAUA